UUAAUUUUUACUACUAUCUCAUCAACUGUAUUUAAUCCCUCCGAGAAAUGGUUCAAAACCCUAAGGGUUCUUGUAAGAACCAAUCGCCGCCGGAUUGAUCUCGGCCGUCAACUCUCCCCUUCACACUCUUAUUUUCAUCUCCAACCUCUAUAUAAAGUCUUCGUCUUUUGCUUGCUUUCUCUGCUUUUUUCUUCUGGGUUACUGUUGUUUGCUUUCUCUCUUGUUUGCUUGCAAACAUGGUGCUAGACAGUCGCUACCUUUGAUUUAUGGGGAAGGUGAUGAUCGAUUAGGGUUGUUGAGAAUGUUGUCUGAAUUGGGUAGGAGACCAAUGAUAAGUGGAAACGAGGGGUCGUUUGGGGAUGAUUUGGAGAAGGAGAUAGGAUUGUUACUUCGCGAGCAGCGUAGGCAGGACGCCGAUGAUCGCGAGCGAGAACUGAACUUGUAUAGAAGUGGCUCUGCGCCGCCGACUAUAGAGGGUUCUCUCAGUGCAGUUGGUGGGCUAUUUGGUGGUGGAGGCGGUGGCAGUGGUGUCGCCUUCUCUGAGCUUGCGGGAGCUAAGAUUGCUAAUGGGUUUGCGACCGAGGAGGAGUUUAGGUCUGAUCCAGCUUACCUCAACUACUAUUACUCGAAUGUGAAUCUUAACCCUAGGCUCCCUCCUCCUUUGGUUUCAAAGGGGGAUUGGAGGUUUGCGCAGAAACUCAAAGGGGGGAGUUCCAUGUUGGGUGGGAUUGGAGAUAGGAGGAAAGUGAAUAGAGUUGAUAGCAAUGACGGCAAUCGAUCACUGUUUUCUAUGCCACCUGGAUUUGACUCGAGGAAGCAGGAGGGUGAUCUUGAGCCUGAAAAGGUACGCGGUGAGUGGGGUGGUGGAGAUGGACUGAUUGGUUUGUCAGGGAUAGGUCUUGGGAGCAAACAGAAGAGUCUUGCUGAAAUCUUUCAGGAUGAUUUUGGUCGUUCAGCCCCAGUCACAGGACAUCCUUCUCGUCCUGCCAGCCGUAAUGCUUUUGAUGAGAAUGUUGACACCAUGAGCUCUGCUGAAGCUGAGCUGGCUCAUUUACGCCGUGAGAUGACAUCUGGAGAUGCCUUACGGUCUGGUGCAACUAGCCAGGGUUCCUCUGGAGUUCAAACCAUUGGUCCACCUUCGUCAUACACUUAUGCAGCUGCUCUUGGCGCUUCCUUGUCUAGAAGUAACACUCCUGAUGCUCAGCUUGUUGCUAGAGCUCCGAGUCCUUGUCUGACACCCAUUGGAGGUGGGAGAGUUGGUAACACUGAUAAGAGAGGCACUAAUAGCUCAAACUCAUUUAAUGGUGUUUCAUCUGGUAUCAAUGAGCCUUCUGAUCUGGUUGCUGCUUUGUCUGGCAUGAAUUUUUCAACCAACGGUGGGCUUGAUGAAGAGAACCACUCUGAGCAGGAUAUUGAAAACCACCAGAAUUAUAUGUUUGGUCUGCAAGGAGGUCAUAAUCAAAUUAAGCAGCAUGCAUUCUUGAAGAAAUCUGAAUCUGGACAUUUACAUAUGUCUUCUGGUCAUCAAUCAGGAAAGUUAUCCUACACUGAUUCAGGUAAGGGUAAUGGCAAUGGCUCCGACUUGAGCAACUCGUCCUUGAUAGCUGAUAGGCAAGUUGAAUUGAAAAAAUCUGCUUCGAGCAAUUCAUACUUGAAAGGGUCUCCUACAUCAACUCUUAACGGUGGAGGGGGCUUAGCGGCUCAGUAUCAGCAUGUAGAUGGUCCAAAUUCAUCAUUUGGAAAUUACGGUUUAAGCGGCUAUUCCUUAAAUCCGGGUCUAGGCUCUAUGAUGGCUAGCCAACUUGGAACUGGUAACCUUCCACCUUUGUUUGAAAAUGUUGCUGCAGCAUCAGCUAUGGGAGUUGCUGGAAUGGACUCCAGAGUUCUUGGAGGUGGUUUGGCUUCUGGUCAGAACCUAUCAAUGGCUGCUGAGUCACAUAAUCUAGGUAGGGCGGGAAAUCAAAUGUCAGGCAGCAAUCUUCAGGCACCUUUUGUUGAUCCAAUGUACCUUCAGUACUUGAGGACAUCGGAAUAUGCUGCACAGCUUGCAGCUCUGAAUGAUCCCUCAAUGGAUAGGAACUUCUUAGGUAACUCAUAUAUGAAUUUACUUGAACUACAAAAAGCUUAUCUUGGGGCUCUAUUGUCCCCUCAGAAAUCUCAAUAUGGAGUCCCACUAGGUGGUAAAUCUGGUAGUUCUAAUCAUCAUGGUUAUUAUGGAAGUCCAACCUUUGGUGUUGGCAUGUCAUAUCCCGGAAGUCCCUUGGCAAGUCCUGUUAUUCCAAACUCUCCAGUUGGACCUGGCAGUCCUAUGAGACACAACGACUUAAAUAUGCGUUUUCCUUCUGGGAUGAGGAACCUUGCUGGCGGUGUCAUGGGACCCUGGCACUUGGAUGGAGGCUGUAACAUGGAUGAAGGAUUUGCGUCAUCAUUGCUGGAAGAGUUCAAGAGCAAUAAAGCCAAGUGUUUUGAGCUUUCAGAAAUUGCUGGUCAUGUUGUCGAGUUCAGUGCGGAUCAGUAUGGUAGCCGAUUUAUCCAACAGAAACUGGAAACAGCAUCAACAGAAGAGAAAAACAUGGUCUAUCAGGAAAUAAUGCCCCAGGCUCUUGCUUUGAUGACUGAUGUGUUUGGUAAUUAUGUGAUUCAGAAGUUUUUUGAGCACGGGCUCGCAUCCCAGAGAAGAGAGCUGGCAGGAAAGCUUUUUGGUCAUGUUUUGACACUAAGCCUUCAAAUGUAUGGUUGUAGAGUGAUCCAGAAGGCCAUAGAGGUAGUUGAUCUGGACCAGAAAAUUAAGAUGGUUGAAGAGCUUGAUGGUCAUGUGAUGCGCUGUGUACGAGACCAGAAUGGGAAUCAUGUUAUUCAGAAGUGCAUUGAAUGUGUUCCAGAAGAAAAUAUUCAAUUUAUUGUCUCAACAUUUUUUGAUCAAGUUGUGACUCUUUCCACUCAUCCAUAUGGGUGUCGUGUCAUCCAGAGGAUACUGGAACACUGCAAGGACCCUAACACACAGAGUAAGGUUAUGGAUGAGAUCUUAGGUUCCGUCAGCAUGCUAGCACAGGAUCAGUAUGGAAAUUAUGUUGUUCAGCAUGUGCUGGAGCAUGGAAAGCCUCAUGAGCGUUCUAUUAUAAUCAAAGAAUUAGCUGGGAAGAUUGUCCAAAUGAGUCAGCAGAAGUUUGCCUCUAAUGUUGUUGAGAAGUGUUUAACUUUUGGUGGUCCAAGUGAACGACAGUUACUUGUGAAUGAGAUGCUUGGCUCGACUGAUGAAAAUGAGCCUCUUCAGGCGAUGAUGAAAGAUCAGUUUGCAAACUACGUUGUACAAAAAGUUUUGGAAACUUGUGACGACCAACAGCGAGAGCUGAUCCUUUCACGAAUUAAAGUUCAUUUGAAUGCAUUGAAGAAAUACACAUAUGGCAAGCAUAUUGUUGCACGUGUAGAGAAACUUGUUGCUGCUGGGGAAAGGAGAAUUGCUGCUCAGUCUCCACACCCCGCUCAGGUUGCAUAGGAAAGAAAGUUGUACAGCUAACUGAGGCUAGUGUGAGCUUCCUCUUCCUUUCUUUCUUCCCGUGUCUAGAGCAUUGGCUCUACCUAUCUUUUUCAGACGGGUAAGAGCUGAUUGGAAAUAAAGUUGUUGCUUGUACUGCAAACUGUACAUUGUGUAGUUUAAGGGGUUUAUACAUAGAAUCGAGCAAGCAGAGGUUCUGAUGUCGAAUACAGUUUGAUGGCUGUGCGGGGGAGACAAAAUGACUAUAUGAGGUCUUUUAAGGGUGUAAAAAUGAUUAAAAUGGCGAGGUUAGUAGUUUAUAUGAUAACGCGACUGUACAAAUGUUGCUGUGGAGAGCUUUCAUAUUUAGGUGAGGCCAGAAGCUUUUUUAAUGUAUGUUUAAUGACUUAUUUUCCUUUUUAAGAGCACAAUUUUCUUUUGGCAGUUAAACUUUUGUGCCUAGUUCCUUUUAUUUCUAUAUCCUUCAAGGGCAAAAGCUUGAAUUUA